AUGACUUACAAGCUCCACAUCGCCAACAAGCGCUACUCGUCGUGGUCGAUGCGACCGUGGCUCGUCUUCAAGGUUCUCGACAUUCCAUUCGAAGAAGCCCUGUUCAUGUUUAAGCCGGGCUACCGUCAGCCCGACUUCCUCGCCUUCUCGCCCUCCGGCAAGGUCCCGUGCCUCCACGACUCGGCCCACGACAAGUUCUACGUCUGGGACUCCCUGGCCAUCGUCGAGUACAUCGCCGAGAAGCACGCGGGAGUCUGGCCCAGCGACCCGACGGCCCGGGCGUUCGCUCGUUGCGCCGCCUCGGAGAUGCACUCGUCCUUCGAGGCCCUCCGGGAGGAGUGUGGCAUGAACGUGGGCCUGCGUAUCGAGCUGCCGGAGCACAGCGACGGGCUGAAACGCGAUCUGGCGCGGCUGGAGACUCUCUUCACCGAGGGCCUCACCAGGUUCGGCGGCCCGUGGCUCGCAGGUGCUGAGUUCACUGCGGCGGAUGCCUUCUACGCGCCCGUGGCUUGCAGGUUCAAGACCUAUGGCAUCACGUUCCCCGGGCCCGCCGGCGAAUACGUCGAGCGGCUGUUCGAGCAUCCAUCGGUGCAGGAAUGGGUGCAGGCAGGAAUCUUUGAGAAGGACAGGGAGCCGACGCAUGAGCAAGAUGCUGCUCGGCCUGGUCGCAGGAUUCUAGCGGAUCUGAGUGCUGAGCAAUAG